GACCGCGCCGCGCCCCUCCCUCCGCAGCCCCACCGGAGGCGCCGCUGCCGCCCGCUGCCUUCCUGCGCCGCCAGGCCCCCCGAGCGGCCCCCUCCCCUUCCGAGCAGCGGCUGGAGCCUGGGAGCCUGCGCGGGGCGGCGGCCGGGCCGAGCGGGGAGAUGAAUACGGUGCUGUCCCGGGCCAACUCGCUCUUCGCCUUCUCUUUGAGCGUGAUGGCGGCGCUCACCUUCGGCUGCUUCAUCACCACCGCCUUCAAGGAGCGGAGCGUGCCCGUCACUAUCACCGUCUCCCGCGUUACGCUAAAAAAUGUAGAAGAUUUCACUGGACCUAGAGAAAGAAGUGAUCUGGGAUUCGUCACAUUUGACAUCACUGCAGAUCUGCAGAGUAUAUUUGACUGGAAUGUUAAACAAUUGUUUCUAUAUUUGUCUGCAGAAUAUUCAACAAAAAACAAUGCUCUAAACCAGGUGGUCCUUUGGGACAAGAUCAUGUUGAGGGGAGAUAACCCAAGGCUUUUCUUAAAAGAUAUGAAGUCAAAGUACUUUUUCUUUGAUGAUGGAAAUGGUCUCAAGGGAAACAGGAAUGUCACUUUGACUCUCUCCUGGAAUGUUGUACCAAAUGCUGGUAUUCUACCUCUUGUAACAGGAUCAGGACAUGUGUCUGUACCUUUCCCAGAUACCUAUGAAACAACAAAAAGUUAUUAAAUUAUAAUACUGAAUCCUAAGCAAGAUAUUUUUAUACUUGUAUAUUGUGAAUAAAUUUUAUCACGGUUUCUUCUCGCAUCCCAUGCACCCCUUCAGUGAAAAAUACUUAAUUUCCUCAGGUCUAGCAGCAUAGGAAAAGGAAAUGAAAGUUCAGGGUUGUUUUUUGGGGUUGUGUUGUUUUUUGGGGUUUUUGUUUUUUUGGUUUUGGUUUUUUUUUUGUUAUUUUUUGUUGGUUGGUUUUUUGUUUUGUUUUUUUUAAAUAAAAUAUUGAAGCUGAAAAUUAAGGGAAAAGUGAAUUGUGAAGUAAUGGUUUUGGGGGGAAAACUGAGGAUCUUAUUUUCUUUCUUCUGGCCAUCUGGAUACAGAUCUCCUUUUCUUUUAAAUAAACAUUUUUAAACCAGAA